CGUAAAAUGAUGAACGGCUUAAGCUUAAGCGAGUUAUGCUGCCUUUUCUGCUGUCCUCCCUGCCCGUCCAGAAUUGCUGCGAAGCUGGCUUUCUUGCCACCGGAACCCACCUAUUCCUUGAUCGAGGAUGAGGGCUCUAAGUACACCAUCUCCUUGUCCGAAAGAGCCGAAUGGCAGUUUACAGAGAGGGAAAAGGAAUCCGUUGAGGGCUUUUACGCGAGAACCUCUAGAGGCAACCGCAUCGCCUGUCUCUUUGUCAGAUGCUCUGCUACUGCCAGGUUCACCAUUCUCUUCUCUCAUGCCAACGCCGUUGAUCUCGGUCAGAUGUCCAGCAUUUACCUAGGCCUUGGCUCCAAAAUCAAUUGCAAUAUAUUCAGCUAUGACUAUUCCGGAUAUGGAGUGUCUGGAGGCAAACCAUCUGAAAAGAAUCUGUACGCUGACAUUGAUGCUGCCUGGCAUGCUCUCAGGACUCGUUACGGAAUAAGUCCAGAAAACAUAAUUUUAUAUGGACAAAGCAUUGGUACUGUACCCACAGUGGAUCUUGCAUCCAGAUAUGAAGUAGGAGCUGUGGUACUGCAUUCACCUUUGAUGUCUGGUAUGCGAGUUGCAUUUCCCAACACCAAAAGAACUUGGUUUUUUGAUGCUUUUCCUAGCAUAGACAAAGUACCAAAAGUUACUUCACCUGUGUUGGUUAUUCAUGGGACUGAUGAUGAAGUGAUAAAUUUCAGUCAUGGCUUGGCCAUCUACAAGAGGUGUCCAAGAGCUGUUGAACCAUUAUGGGUUGAGGGUGCUGGGCACAAUGAUGUGGAGUUGUACAAUCAAUACCUGGAGCGACUUAAGCAGUUUGUAAGCGUCGAGCUGGUGAACUGACGUCGACUGAGCCUCUCUCAAAGUCAGGGAUGCGGUGGCGGUGGUGCACCGACGCA